AUGAAAUACCUGCCACCCUCUUGGAGUCUGCGGGCGUUAUCGCUGUCUAUCAGAGGUGACAUUGGUAGGCGCCAACAUAGGGUAACACUACUAGUCACCUUCGGCACUUGGGACAACUAUAGGACCAAGAGCAUCAACUUUGAGGUUGAUUUGUUCGACUCCUACCACACCAUACUCGGGAGGCCUGCCCUCGCCAAGUUCAUGGCGAUACCUCACUACACAUACCUCAUUAAGAUGUCGACACCGAACAGAGUCCUCUCAGUGUACGGCGACAUCCAGAUGUCUCACUCCUGUGAGAUGGAAAACAUCAACUUGUCCUCUACACUGGAACGCUGCAGGAACUCUACCUUUGUCGCUCAGGCGGCAAAGGACCUACCAAAGGAUCAACUCCAGAUUCCGACAAAGGACUCGGCCACCGAGUCCCAGCUGAAGCCAGACCAGCAGGUCAAGGCUAUCAUUCCUGAGGACGAUGAGCCUCACAAGACGGUGCUGAUCGGGUCCUAG